AUGACUGUCAUCGCUGUUGCCGGAGGAUCGGGAGGGGUGGGGAAGACCUUGGUCGAGAGGUUGCUUCAAGAAUCUAAAUUCAAAGUCAUUGUGCUAUCUCGCCAAUCCGCUCAGCAAUCAUCUUUGCCGGGAGCCCUGAUUGUGCAAAUCAACUACGACGAUGUUGGGUCCUUGGCAAAGACACUCGAUACUCAUAACGUCCACACCAUCAUAUCUGCCAUUGGCCUUGUGUCCGAUGAGACCAGUCAAUCCCAAUUAAAUUUGAUUGAUGCAGCGGAGUUAUCAGCCACAACCAAGCGGUUCAUUCCGAGUGAAUUCUCGUUCAUUCAAACAGCAGAUCUUCUCCAGAUAGAUCCUAGUAUUAAGUACUGGCUCGAUGCAGCCAGCCGUCUGGAAAAUAGCUCGCUCAAGUACACCCGUGUCAUCCCAGGUUUUUUCAUGGACUACUGGGGCAUGCCGCAUAUUCAAACCAACCUGCACCCCUACACUUUCGGAAUCAACAUCUCCAAGCGUGAAGCUGCUAUUCCUGGCGAUGGAAACGAUUCGAUAUGUAUGACCUACACACAUGAUAUGGCGAAUUAUGUGAUCAAAGCACUGGAUCUCGAUGAGUGGCCCGAGUUUAGCGUGAUCGUGGGAGACAAAGUCACCUAUAACCAGAUUUUGAGCAUGGCAGAAGAUAUUACUGGAUCCAAAUUCAAAGUCACGUACGAUAGUGUCGAUAUGAUCAACGCAGGGGAUGUUACCGUACCGCCGAGUCUCGAUGAUGGAGAAGAGGAUUCAAUCGAUGAGCUGAAAGAGGUUACAGCGCUAGUCAGCCGGCUUACUGUCUAUGGUGUUUUUCAAUUGCCCAAAGAGAACAGGCUGAAUGCCCAGUUCCCAGAUGUGCGACCUAUUACCAUGAGAGAAUUAUUGGAGAAAUGCUGGACAGGCAGGUAA